AUACAUCGUAAGUUUUUAGAUGUAUUACUCCUUAAAAAGAAAUUGCGUUACUGUAAAUUAUACGGAAUAUUUAGUUGCGAAUGGAAAUAUAACUUAUUGUGAAUUUAACAGCCAGUCCUAUAGUCUUUGCAUUUAUUAUUUGUGCAAAAUACAGUUUAUAACUGUUAAUUGCACAGAAGAAAGUACUGAAUAUAUGUAACAGGCAAUACUGCGCUUUUUACAAAGAUUAUCUGUGAAAAUACACAUUUAGUCAAGGUUACAUUUACCACUGUACUGAUUACAGAAAUACUUUAAUAUAAAUACAACAGUCACCACUGUAAGUGUACUAACCAUUGUGCUAAUAACAUAAAUAUACUGUGGGGAAGUUAACAUGGGUAACAUGGGUAUAUUAACCGUUCCGAUUUUUAUGGAAAGGCUGGGAAAGAGAGACAGAGAAAGGGAGACAAAUUGAGACAUAUAGAGAGAGACAGAAAGAAAGAGAGAGACACGACAGGAGGGCAGAAGUGUGGCUGUGUUAAAAAAAACAAUGUUCGAAGAUUGAACUUUUUAACUCCACUUCAGAGCCAUUUCUACGCACUCUGCAUUGCUGGAACAACGGCCUGACUGACUCCGGGCUACAUUUCUUCUUGAGGUAACUUGCCUACAUAAUCUGUGCUAUAUCUCUGCCAUAAUCUAGGCUAUAUUUUAAUUUGAUGCUUUGUUUUCUACAAUUUUGCAUUACUGUUGCAAAAACGUUAUUCUGCACUGAACGUUAGCUAGCUAGCUAACAUUAGUUUACCAAACGUUGGCUAAGGAAAUGUUUCAACGCAAUUACUGUGGCACGUCGGUUAAAACACAGAGGGGUUAUGUGCUUCGUUGCAAACUUCAUAGAAAUGAACCACGUUGUUUGUUUAAGUGCGUUGAAGCUGGUUGCAAAAAGACCUUUGUUCGAUAUGGAGCAUUUAAGGCUCAUUUCUACCGGACACAUAUCGUUAACUUAUCAGCUUCUGUUAACGUUACUGUCGGGACAGCUCUCAAAUGCGGUGUGGCGUUAUGUGAACGUCAGUGUCGAAAUACAAAACAGCUAAUAGCUUAUUUGAAGGAGCAUCUCUUGGAAGGACGCGCUGUGAGUGGUCCAGUGAGUGGAUGUAAAAACGUUUUCAUGGUCAAAUCCCCAUUCACAAGUCACACAAAAUGUAUACAAAAAUGUAUAAUUGAUGGGAUUAAUUAGAUGUGCCGUUAUCCUGGUUGUUAAAAAAUUAACCACAUGAAACGUGAAGAUAAGUCUUGAUUGAGUCUUGAGAGUGAAUGUCAUGCUGUCAGUCCAGCAGCUCCCCCUGUGUUUGUUUGCUUUGCCUGUGUGUCCCCUGUCUCUGCAAGGAGCUGUGGUCUCCUCCUGUUCAUCCCCAAAGGACGUGGCUGGAACAGCUGACGGCAAUCAGCCAUCAGGGGACUCUCCUACAUCAACCCGGGUCUUCCUGCCAUUCAGCGCCAGAUCCUUCUGUCGUCAGAGAGAGAGGAUCAUCCCAAUCCGCAGUGAAGACCUGAGGAUACAAGUCCUCAAGUAGAAGGUCCCGAACUGCUCCGCUUCCUGGAUGUUGAUUUACCAUCAGCUUUAUUUAAUAUUUCCUGAUGUUGACUGAAAUAUAUGCCAACCUUUUGUAAUACGUUAUACCUUAUUUUUUUGCAAUGUAUUUCUGGCAAAUACAGUUUUUGGCAAUUUGCUUUGAACUUUGUAAUAAAAUACCGUAACUCAUACAGCUGUACUGUGUUUAUCUCUGAGAAAGACCCUAAUUAGGUUCAGAAUAAAUGCGUUUUUUAAAAAACAUACCGUAUUGUCUUAUACAAAGAAAACGUUAAUUUACCGUAUAUUUCACUAAUUUCUUUUUACGGUGUAUCUGUUUUUUCAAUAGUGGUUUUCUUGAAACAAAACUGUUCUCAACUGGGAAUUUUACGGGUGCAAAAAAACGUACCGUAAUGUCUUAUACAGCGUCACUUUAUUUUUUUACAGUAAACCUCUGGCAACCACAGCUGCCAGUAAUUUACCGUAUAUUUCACAGAUUUUUUUUUUUGCAGUGUAAAUAAACCCAAAUAAGGUCUGAAACUACAAGCAGCCCCCAGGUUUGAUGCAAGAGUAUCUAGCUGUGACCCUCCCGUCGGUUCUUGUUUGUAGGUGCAGCUCAUGAUGCAUAUUUACAAACUUGUUUUCAGGACACCACACCUAUGAAUGCCAUCUAACUCCAUUCAGAGCCAGUUACUAUGAUCGGCUGCAGCAAAGGGAGAGGGAAGAUCGAGGGAGUAGAGAUCUCUUUGUUAAAGUUACUUUCAUUAAUAGGUCUUCACCAUAUUGUUUAUUUGAUUCAUUCAUUCAUUUUGAAUUAACGAGCGUGUUGCAUCAUGACUUUGAAAAUAUUUUCCAGCAGAGUUUUCUUCGAAUACUUGAAACGUGUACUUGUGCCCACGUACCAACCGCUCAGGCAGAGAAAUGCAUCAGUUUCCGUGGCAGGAUGGCGCUCAGCACGGAGCUAUCACAACAUCGGGAGACCCAAGUACCGAGGGCCGGGCAGCGCAGCCACCAUCCGGGUGGUGGACCUCCGCAGCGACGCGUUUUCCCGGCCCGGGCCGGCAAUGAGGCGGGCCAUGCUGAAGGCCAUGUUUGACGAGGACCUGAUGAGAGAAGAGGAGACAGUUGACGAGUUGCAGAAAACUACAGCUGAUUUGUUUCAAAUGGAAGCUGCACUGUUUGUUCCCUCGGGAUCCAUGGCUAAUCUCAUCGCAGUGAUGGUGCACUGCAGGGAGCGCGGUGACAUGAUGAUUGUUGGCGAUCAGUCCCAUUUACACAUCUUUGGGCAAGGGGGGAGCGCGCAGCUAGCAGGGGUCCACGCCACCACAGCCACAACUCUCCCCGACGGGUCGUUUGACUUGGAUCAGCUGGACUCAAAGAUCCGCCACGGUUACCCCGACCCACAUUACCCCCGCACACGCCUCAUAUGCGUGGAAAACACACACAACAUAAAGGGAGGACGUGUGCUGCCUCUGACCUUCCUGCAGGAGGUUCGUGCUUUGGCCGAUAGAUCUGGCCUGUCAGUUCACAUGGACGGAGCCAGGGUUAUGAACGCUGCUGUUGCCCAGAGGGUGCCUCCAUCCACCAUACUGCAGCACACACACACUGUCAGUGUGUGUCUCUCCAAGGGUUUGGGGGCCCCUGUGGGGGCCGUGCUGGCUGGACCCAGAGACUUCAUAUCCCAGGCAGCGCGGUGCCGUAAAGCCCUGGGUGGGAUGAUAUGGAAGACUAGUGUACUGGCAGCAGCUGGAAAGCUGGCUUUACUGGAGAUGGUUGACAGACUGGAGGAAGAUCACCGUAAUGCAAAAACCUUUGCUCAAGCUCUGCUGGACUGUGACCCUCCUCUAUUCGCCGUCGACACGGUGGAAACAAACAUCCUGCGUUUCCAUCUAAAGGAGCCCAGCUUAAGCCCCGCUGAGUUCUGUGACCGCAUGGGUCAGGUUUGGGAGGGAGAAGAGGCAGCGCUGGGACAUGGGAUACGAGUGCUCAUGUUCCCUUUUUUUGGAAAUUCCGUAAGGGCUGUGUGGCAUCUUGGGAUUUCCCCUGAAGAUACCCAGCUGGCCGUCCAGAAAAUGCAAUUUGUGGCUUCUCAGUUCUUGAAUUAAAAAGUGAAAAACCUGACAAACAACGCAACAAAAACAGCAAUACAUUCCUUUAUAUUUUUUCAUUUGUCAUCUGGACGAAUGCAAACGGCAGUGACUGUAAAGUUCAUGUUUCAAAUCCUAAAAUCAGACACUGUUGCUUGUAAA